GAGGUGGCGGUCGCGGCGGCGGCGGCGGGCCGAGCCCUGCGGCGGGCGGGAGGAGGUGAGCGUCAGGCCCGCUGAGCCUCCGCAGAACAGCCAGCCAUGCCCGGGAUCGUGGUGUUCCGGCGGCGCUGGUCUGUGGGCAGCGAUGACCUCGUCCUGCCAGCCAUCUUCCUCUUCCUCCUGCACACCACCUGGUUUGUGAUCCUGUCUGUGGUGCUCUUCGGUCUGGUCUACAACCCACACGAGGCCUGCUCCCUGAACCUGGUGGACCACGGCCGCGGCUACCUGGGCAUCCUGCUGAGCUGCAUGAUCGCCGAGAUGGCCAUCAUCUGGCUGAGCAUGCGCGGGGGCAUCCUCUACACGGAGCCCCGCGAAUCCAUGCAGUACGUGCUCUACGUGCGCCUGGCCAUCCUGGUGAUUGAGUUCAUCUACGCCAUCGUGGGCAUCGUCUGGCUCACCCAGUACUACACCUCUUGCGACGACCUCACUGCCAAGAACGUCACCCUCGGGAUGGUCGUCUGCAACUGGGUGGUCAUCCUCAGCGUCUGCAUCACUGUCCUUUGCGUCUUCGACCCCACGGGCCGCACCUUCGUCAAGCUGAGAGCCACCAAGAGGAGGCAGCGCAACUUGCGGACCUACAAUCUGCGGCACCGCUUAGAGGAGGGUCAGGCCACCAGCUGGUCACGCCGGCUCAAAGUGUUCCUCUGCUGCACUCGGACGAAGGACUCCCAGUCAGAUGCCUACUCGGAAAUCGCCUACCUCUUUGCCGAGUUUUUCCGAGACCUCGACAUUGUGCCAUCCGACAUCAUUGCCGGCCUGGUGCUGCUCCGGCAGCGGCAGCGGGCGAAGCGCAACGCCGUGCUGGAUGAGGCCAACAAUGACAUCUUGGCCUUCCUGUCUGGAAUGCCAGUGACCAGAAACACCAAGUACCUCGACCUCAAGAACUCGCAAGAGAUGCUCCGCUAUAAAGAGGUGUGCUACUACAUGCUUUUUGCCCUGGCUGCCUACGGGUGGCCCAUGUACCUGAUGCGGAAGCCCGCCUGCGGCCUUUGCCAGCUAGCGCGGUCCUGCUCGUGUUGCCUGUGCCCUGCGCGGCCCCGGUUUGCCCCCGGAGUGACCAUCGAGGAGGACAACUGCUGUGGCUGCAACGCCAUCGCCAUCCGGCGCCACUUCCUGGAUGAGAACAUGACCGCGGUGGACAUCGUCUACACCUCCUGCCACGAUGCGGUCUACGAAACCCCUUUCUACGUGGCAGUGGACCAUGACAAGAAGAAGGUGGUGAUCAGCAUCCGGGGAACUCUGUCCCCCAAGGACGCCCUGACAGACCUGACCGGUGACGCUGAGCGUCUCCCCGUGGAGGGACACCAUGGCACCUGGCUGGGACACAAGGGCAUGGUCCUGUCGGCUGAGUACAUCAAGAAGAAGCUGGAGCAGGAGAUGGUUCUGUCCCAGGCCUUCGGGCGAGACCUGGGCCGCGGAACCAAACACUACGGCCUGAUUGUGGUGGGCCACUCCCUGGGGGCAGGCACCGCUGCCAUCCUCUCCUUUCUCCUGCGCCCCCAGUACCCGACCCUCAAGUGCUUCGCCUACUCCCCACCAGGGGGCCUGCUGAGUGAGGAUGCCAUGGAAUACUCCAAGGAAUUUGUGACCGCCGUGGUUCUGGGCAAAGACCUCGUCCCCAGGAUCGGCCUCUCCCAGCUGGAAGGCUUCCGCAGACAGCUCCUGGAUGUCCUGCAGCGGAGCACCAAGCCCAAAUGGCGAAUCAUCGUGGGGGCCACCAAAUGCAUCCCCAAGUCGGAGCUGCCCGAGGAGGUGGAGGUGACCACCUUGGCGAGCACGCGGCUCUGGACGCACCCCAGCGACCUGACCAUCGCCCUGUCGGCCAGCACGCCGCUCUACCCGCCCGGCCGCAUCAUCCACGUGGUGCACAACCACCCCGCGGAGCAGUGCUGCUGCUGUGAGCAGGAGGAGCCCACCUACUUUGCCAUCUGGGGCGACAACAAGGCCUUCAACGAGGUGAUCAUCUCGCCGGCCAUGCUGCACGAGCACCUCCCCUACGUGGUCAUGGAGGGGCUCAACAAGGUGCUGGAGAACUACAACAAGGGGAAGACGGCCCUGCUCUCUGCUGCCAAGGUCAUGGUGAGCCCCACCGAGGUGGACCUGACGCCCGAGCUCAUCUUCCAGCAGCAGCCGCUGCCCACGGGGCCCCCCGUGCCUGCUGGCCUUGCCGUGGAGCUGCCCGCCGCCGCAGACCACCGAAACAGCAGUGUCAGGAGCAAGUCCCAGUCUGAGAUGAGCCUGGAGGGCUUCUCGGAGGGGCGGCUGCUGUCCCCAGUGGCCUCGGCAGCCCGCCAGGACCCCGUGGAGCUGCUGCUGCUGUCCACCCAGGAGCGGCUGGCGGCGGAGCUGCAGGCCCGGCGGGCGCCGCUGGCCACCAUGGAGAGCCUCUCGGACACUGAGUCGCUGUACAGCUUUGACUCGCGCCGCUCCUCUGGCUUCCGGAGCAUCCGGGGCUCGCCCAGCCUGCACGCCGUGCUGGAGCGCGACGAGGGCCACCUCUUCUACAUCGACCCCGCCAUCCCCGAGGAGAACCCCUCCCUGAGCUCGCGUACUGAGCUGCUGGCGGCCGACAGCCUGUCCAAGCACUCGCAGGACACCCAGCCCCUGGAGGCGGCCCCGGGCAGCGGGGGUGCCACCCCCGAGCGGCCCCCCAGCGCUGCCGCCAAUGAGGAGGAGGAAGAGGCGGGUGGGGGGGCGGCCCCCCGCGGAGAACUGGCGCUGCACAACGGGCGCCUGGGGGACUCGCCCAGCCCGCAGGUGCUGGAGUUCGCCGAGUUCAUCGACAGCCUCUUCAACCUGGACAGCAAGAGCAGCUCCUUCCAGGAUCUCUACUGCAUGGUGGUGCCCGAGAGCCCCACCAGCGACUACGCCGAGGGCCCCAAGUCCCCCAGCCAACAGGAGAUCCUGCUCCGCGCCCAGUUCGAGCCCAACCUGGUGCCCAAGCCCCCGAGGCUCUUUGCCGGCUCAGCCGACCCCUCCUCGGGCAUUUCCCUCUCGCCCUCCUUCCCGCUCAGCUCCUCGGGCGAGCUCAUGGACCUGACGCCCACGGGCCUCAGCAGCCAGGAGUGCCUGGCCGUGGACAAGAUCCGGACUUCUACCCCCACCGGCCGGGGGGCCAGCCCCGCCAAGCAGGAUGACAUGAUCAUCUCGGCUCGCUAGCACCCCAGGAGCAGCUGUCGCCUGAGGCCCGGGGCAGAGCAGGUAGCCCCUCGGGCUCCUGGUGGCUGCCCCCAGCGCCGGGCAGCUUUGAGGAGAGGCCCCCAGGGGCCAGUUUAGCCUCAUGCAUGGGGCUGCUGCUGAGCUGGGGGUCCGCAUCCCUACCUCAGCUCAGGACCCCCAGAGCCAAGGCGGCUGGGAUCUGGGCCCUCCAGAUAGAGGAGGGGUGUGGAGCAGGGAGGAGCCUGGGGUGGCCUGCCAGGUGGGCAGGGCAACACUCACCCUCUCAGCCUGACUGCCCCCCACAGGGGCAUCCUGGCACCCCCUAUUCCAGGAUGGGCAAUGGGUGUGCUGACUCCCCAUCACUGCUCUCUGGCUCUCUCCCAGGGCCGAGGUGGAGAGCAGUGCCCUCCCCAAAUAUUCUCAUCUGUGGUCAGGCUGGCAUCUGCCCUGGCCACCCCUAGAUCUGGUGCCUGCUGGCCAGCCCCCUGGGGAUGACCCCCAACGAAGGUGGCCCGCAGUGCUGUGUAUGUUUACAGAAGCUGCUGGGCUGGGCUCAGGGUGUUUCCUGGGCUUGCAAGCCCCCCAAUCAUGUGUUCAGUAGCCCCUCUCUGAGCAGGGCAGGGGACAGCCUCCACAAGGCCCAAGGCUGCUGAGGGGCCUCCAGGGCCUUCUCUGCUCGGUGCCCCUCAUGCUGGUCCCUCUGUCACGGGGUCCUGGGCACCCAGGCCUGCCCCCACUGCCCCUGGCUUGCCUUCUACCCCCAGGGAUCCUGACCACUCAAAGGGUGGAGGGCACAAGUGUGACCACCCUUGGCUGCAGAGUCAGGGCCCUGGGAGGAAGGAGGGCACCAAAAUCCCCCUUCCCUUGAGGGCCCCGGGUAACCACUUUAUAUCACCUACCCCCCAUGCCCAGGCAGCCCAGGCCCUGGGAUCUGAAACCAACCCCCCCCCACUUCCCUCAGCUCCCCCUCCUCGCUGGCUCUCUCCUGGGAGCAGGGCUUUCUCCCUCCCACCCCCAAUGUCCUUUUGGCAGGAAGUAGGGCUAAGAGUGGAGUAUUGUGGGACCUGGCUAAAGACCCUCUGCCCACUGUCCCCGGGAGGGGGUGCUGGAGGCGGCAGGAGGGCCACGGGCUCUGGGGCUGUCCUGGUUUAGCCUGAAGCCUCCACAGCCACCAUGUGAGGGGUCCCUUCCCUGUGGGGUUGGGGAAGCAGUGGGGAGGGGGCGACAUGGCCUUCCCCAGAGGCCAAGUGGGGAAGGUGUGCAUGCUCGCGUGGGGCGUGUGUGUGCAUGUGCAUGAGCGUGCGCCCUUCCUGAGGAGUGGCUACUGGGGCGCCCGCCCGACCCUGCCCGUUCUGCCUGCCUGCCGCCCCUCUCAGCCUGCCAAGGAAACACGAUGGGGGCCUGCGCAGGGACACGGACGAGCUCAGUGUCGGACAUCGCCCGUUCCCCUUAUCUUGCCUGCUGCUCUGACCCCCGGUUUGGAAAACUGGAAUGUGCUGAGGCGUAGACCACCCGCUUGUGCCUUCGUCCCCUCGGAGGCAUGCUCCCCCCACUCUGGCCCCACCCAUCGCCUCCCCGGGUCGGCCAGGCUCCCCUGACCAAGACCCCCCUGUCUCAUGACCACUGGGAUCUGGGGCCUGUGUCCUGACCCCCCCACACACACAGCUGGGACUGGCCUGGAUCCUGCCCUGGGACCCCUUCGCUCCCUGACAGGUGGGGACAGAGAGCUGGGAGCUGGGCCUCCCUCACUCUGUCUGACUCUCACCCUCCCCAGGCUUCAGGACCCUGCCCCUGCUGAGAGCCCUGCUGCUGGCCUAGCCAGGGCCCAGCAUAGAGGCAAGACACAAUCAGUGGCUCUUAGAGUUAAAAAAAAAAAGGCAAAUCAUAAAUCAGAGUCGAGUUCAAAGACGCACCUUUUAAUUCCUCUUCUGCCAUGGUGGGCCCUGGGACCUCUAAGAGGGCACGGUGCCCACCCCUGCCCAGGACUGAGCCAUCAGGGACAGACUCCCCACCCCCAAGGCUGCAGCCAUACCGGGUUACAGGCUUGGGGCUGGGGCAGGCUCGGACUCAGCCCUGGAUGCCCCUGGGGCAGCCCCGCUACCUGCUCCCUCCCCACCUCGCCCCUGAAGGGUAGGCCUGCUCUGGAUCUCUUCCCUCCUCCCCACACCACACUUGGGGGGUCUGAGCCACCCCCCUCAGCCCAGCUCGGCUCAGACCGACCUCCACUCUGUCCCCUAGACCCGCAGCACAAGCUCUCCCAGCCGUGAGCUGGCCCCUCCUCCCAGGGGACCUCCAUAUGCAAUCGGCGACCCCACAGACACUCGUGCACUCGACGUGCUGGUCUCCCAUGACUUUUUUUGUACUUAAUGUAUGAAAGAUCCAAACUAAUAUUGCUGUAAAAAGGAGAGACAAAUUAAUAUAGCUUAUUCUAUAAAUAUAUCUGUAUAUAAAGGUUUCUGUAUAUUGUAUAGACCUGUGUAUAAACUGGAUGUAGAAGCAU